AUGAGCGCUCCAGUUGUCCUAUUACCUAGCGACGAGGUACCUCGAGACCAUCUUCCUACGAAUACUUCCAACCCUCUACGACUAGGCCCUGGCCUUCGGAUUCUAUCACAGCCCUCCUCAAAAAGUUCCAAUCAUGUCUUAACAGCAACCCAAGCUGGUCUGUUGACUACUGAUGCGAAACGAAACACCGUCUCACUCCUUUCUUUCCCGAACCGCCGAUAUAUCCCCACCGUCAACGAUUUUGUCAUUGCGCAAAUCCACCAUUCCAGUGCUGAUUUCUUCCACUGCAUGGUGACAUCACACACAGCCCAUGCGCUUCUGGGCCAGCUGUCAUUUGAGGGCGCAACCAAGAAAACAAGGCCAAUGUUGAAGCAAGGCGAGCUGGUGUAUGCCCGAGUACAGUCUGUGGGAGUCGGCGCCGGCGCCGAAGUUGAAAUUACUUGUGUCAAUCCAGCAACCGGCAAGGCUGACGGAGGUUUGGGGCCCUUGACCGGCGGAAUGGUAUUUGAUGUCUCGACGGGUAUGGCAGCCCGGUUAAUUCGAGCAAGCUCUGCAUCUGCGGAGAACACGGACGCAAUCGAAGGGUUGGUAGUCCUUUCUGAACUCGGAAAGAAGCUUGAGAGCUUGGGAGGAUUUGAGAUUGCAGUAGGUCGCAAUGGAAAGGUGUGGGUGGACUGCUCCAACGCUGCUGAAAGCGCUGUUAAGGUCACUGUUGCGAUCGGGCGCUGUCUACAGGAGACUGAUCAGCACAAUCUUCACACUCACGACCAAAAGAAGUUGGUGACGAAAGUCCUACGGGAUAUGAAGCUUGUAUCGUGA